CUCCUCCUGUCUUCCUCGUCCUCCGUAAGCCGGAUCCCCGCGCGGGACCCCCCACCCCGCCCCGACCCAGAACCUCGAACCCGACCCGCGUGUGCAGCUUCCGCGCAGGCGCUCGCCCGGACCCAGUGCACCACAAUUGAGGAAAAAUGAUGGAAGAAAGUGGCAUAGAGACGACUCCGCCCCGAACCCCACCCUUGAACCCUGUAGGCCUGGCUGCCGCGGCCAUGGCCUCCACUGAGGUUCACUUAGCUGCCACUAGCUCCUUCUCCUCUCCCAGCGUGUCCGGGAUGGAGUCUUUGCCACCGCAAGCCUACUCCACACCUCAGCCGUCCCUGCCCCCCGUGCAGCCGUCAGCACCGCCUCCUUCGGUGCCACUGCCUCCAGCUUCCUCAGUUCCCCUGAGUGGCACUUCUAUGCCGCCCUCUGUGUCUCCAUCACCUGCCACCGCCUUCAGCAGCCCUCCUUUAUCCCACUUCCCCCCUGCAACUUCCGCCUCGGGUGCUCUUUUAUCCGCGCCACCUUCGGGUCCUCCUAUAUCAGGAUUUUCUGUUGGCACAACUUACGACAUCACGAGGGGACAUGCCGGGAGAGCACCCCAGACACCUCUGAUGCCGUCAUUUUCUGCACCUCCAGUUACAGGUAUCUUGCCAGCCCCCAUUACUCAGCAAGCCAGUAUGACAUCUCUGGCACAGGGACCCGGAACCACAUCAGCCAUCACUUUCCCAGAGGAACAGGAAGAUCCUAGAAUUAACAGAGGUCAGGAUGAUGCGCCUGCUGGUGGAAUCUGGGGCUUUAUCAAGGGCGUGGCUGGGAAUCCUAUGGUGAAAUCUGUACUGGAUAAGACCAAGCAUUCGGUAGAAAGCAUGAUUACGACGCUGGACCCCGGCAUGGCUCCAUAUAUCAGGUCUGGAGGUGAACUGGAUAUUGUUGUCACCUCAAAUAAAGAAGUGAAAGUGGCUGCUGUCCGAGAUGCCUUCCAGGAGGUCUUUGGCUUAGCGGUGGUUGUGGGGGAAGCUGGACAGUCCAAUAUUGCUCCACAGCCAGUAGGCUAUGCAGCUGGAUUAAAGGGUGCCCAGGAGCGCAUCGACAGCCUGCGGAGGACUGGAGCCAUCCACGAGAAGCAGACCGCUGUGUCAGUGGAAAACUUCAUCGCCGAGCUGCUGCCUGACAAAUGGUUUGACAUCGGCUGCUUGGUGGUUGAAGACCCCGUGCAUGGCAUCCGCCUGGAAGCAUUUACUCAAGCCACGCCAGUGCCUUUGGAGUCUGUGCAGCAGGCACAAAGCCUGACUCCUCAGGACUACAAUCUGAGGUGGUCAGGCCUUCUGGUGACAGUGGGUGAAGUCCUGGAAAAAAGCUUGCUUAAUGUCAGCCGGACUGAUUGGCACCUGGCUUUCACUGGCAUGUCCCGCCGACAGAUGAUCUACAGCGCAGCCAAGGCCGUGGCGGGCAUGUAUAAGCAGCGCCUGCCACCCAGGCCCAUGUGAGACCAACAGCUGGGACAUGGAGACCUGCCAUCACCCUUGGCUCUGUGUUAGAGGAGACUGACUAGCUCCCAUGAUCCAACAGUUUUUUACAAUUUUCCUCGAGGCUGCAAUCCUUUUAAAAGAUUUUUAAAAAAUAAAGACACAGUGUCAUUCCAGUAAAACAGAAGAAAUAGAUCCCCUUUUUUUACUGUCAUGAUUUUAUACAUCCUAGUUCUCAAAAAAAUAUAUACGCAAAUGUACUUACAGCACAAUUCACUAUACCAAAUUUAUAAAGUGGAGAUCUGUGUUCACAUAUUUGGUGAUUUGUUCUCAGCUCUUCUGGUUUCUUAAUAUGUAAUGAGGUCUGUGUGUGUUAACUCUCUUGUGAAGGUUUGUUUCCUGUUGUCAUGUGUGUGUGCACAUGAUCUCAGUCACACUCAACGGUGGGCCUGAGGGUU